AUUUUCUGUUUCUGAGAAUAAAAAGUGUUCUAAGUGUAUAAGCAAGUAGCAACUAGUUGGUUUGUUUAAAUUAAAAAAACUACCAUGUUUAACUCAGCCAUAGUGUUUGAUCCCUCCACUGGAACUUCAAAAAGGUUUUCAGUUGCCAUUGUUCAGGAACUCGCAUCUCAAAACCUUCAAAAACUUCCUCAAAGAUAUAUUAGAUCAGAGAAAGAGCGCCCAAAUACCUUUCUUCUUCCUCAUUUGGACAUCCCUGUGAUUGAUAUGGACAUGUUCUUGAGAGAUUCGGAUCUCUGCAGGCAAAAGGAACUAGAAAAACUUGGUACUGCAUGCCAGCAAUGGGGAUUUUUUCAGGCUGUGAACCAUGGAAUUCCUCUGUCUCUGUUGGAAAGAAUGAAGGGAAUUGUAAAGAAAUUUAUUCAACUACCAUUGGAGGAAAAACUCAAGUACAAAAUACAAGAGAUUGAAGGCUAUGGCCAGACUUUUGUAGCCUCAGAUGACCAAAUACUGGACUGGGCAGAUGCAAUGUCCUUGACAACCCUACCUCCAGAGAAUAGAAAAAUGGAUUUUUGGCCUACAAAGCUAUCAGAUUUUAGAGAAACCGUGGAUCAAUACGCACUUGAAAUUCAAAAGUUUGGGGAAACAGUUCUUUGCCAUCUAUCAGAGAACGCUGGGCUAAAACCAGACCAUUUCAUUAACAUGUGUGGGAAAAUGAUACAGUACAUACGAUUGAAUUACUACCCAUCCUGCCCAAGACCAGAUCUGGUUUUAGGGUUAAGCCCUCAUUCAGAUUCAGGUUGUUUGACAGUAUUGUUGCAGGAUGAUGGGAUAGUGGGGCUACAGAUCUGUAAGGAUGGUGAAUGGAUUCCUGUUCAACCCAUCCGUGGUGCCCUGGUUAUCAAUAUUGGGGACAUGCUUGAGUAUAGCACAGGGCAGUCACAAACAUGGACAGAGAUCGAAUCUCCAUUGCCAUGUUUUGUAAUCCAAGUGAGGAAACAGAAGUGGGUCCUGCUCCUGAGCUCAUAGAUGAGUUGCAUCCCUGUCAAUACAGAACAUUCAUUCGUGCAGACUAUGUACAAAAUUUAUUUUCUGGAAAACUUGAAGGGAAGAAGAAGAAGAUUGAAUUUGCCAAAAUCAAGUCAUAACUUCCUCUGUUUGAAUUUGAUCGAUAUGGCUAAGACCAUCUGCGUUCGAUCUGAUGAACUUCUUACGUAAUGGGCUUUUUCGGGCUUUUAAUUUAUGAAAAUGAUCAGUGAUCAGUAAUGUAAUGAAUUGCAUGAUUAAGUAAUGCUGAUUUUCUGUGAGUUGCAGUUUUAAACAUUGGUAUAGAUGUCAAUCUUAAGAAGAAA